CCUUCAAAUCUCAAUGCAAAAAAAAAUGUCAAGUCGAGAAAUUUUAUGAAACUCAAACUCACAACAAAACUCGACAAGAAAAAAAGAAAAACAUGUUCGCCUACAACAAAAUACUUACAAAAUCCAAAAGAAGCUAAAAUUCUGCAAUUUGGAUUUAUAAUUUAAUUAUCCGUUGUGUGUGUGUUGAAAAUUGCUUAGUUUUUAAGUUUAAACUUCCUGAAAAGUGUGCUGCUGUGUGAAGUCAAGUAAAGGAAGGUGCUUCAUCUAAAACAACGCACAACCGGCUGCUGCUGCUGCUAAUGCUGCUACUGGUUAAGCGACGAUCAAUAAAAAUUAGGAAAAGAAAUCAUAUUAAAAAUAAACUCUCGACGAAGAGGAGAACUCUUAGAGGACGAGUAAAAUCAAUCAAUUCAUUAUUUAUGGCAAUCAUAAGAUAAGAAAAUUCAUUCAAAAAAAACAAUUUUGUUCAAUUAUUCUGUGACAACAACAAAACAAGCGUAAGCGACAGUGACAUCGAAAAAAAUGUCUCACAACGAUGCCUACAAUGCAGUCAAAGGUUUUCCCAUAACACCACCGCGUAGUAUUUGGGCCGCUUCUGGGGGCUCGUUUAUUGUUUGUUUUGUAUUUUAUUUCUUCUAUGGUGGUUUCCUAACAUUGAGUCUGUUUAGCUGUUUAGCCCUUGGUAUUCUAUAUUAUGCUCAAGAUAUAUUCCUAUAUCAUCCCGAUCUACCGGCGAACUCACGUAUCUACAUUCCCAUUCCGACCAUGCACAAUCUUCCCCACGAAACCGUGAAUAUUCACACCCCCGACAAGGUUACCCUGCAUGCAUUCUGGGUCAGUCAGCCCCAGGAGAGGAGCAAAUUUGUGCCGACAUUUGUUUAUUUCCAUGGCAAUGCUGGCAACAUGGGCCAUCGAAUGCAAAACGUCUGGGGAAUAUUCUAUAAUCUUCAUUGCAAUAUACUCAUGGUUGAGUAUCGUGGUUAUGGACUUUCCACAGGAAGUCCCAGUGAAAAGGGACUAGCUAUUGAUGGAAGAGCUGCGGUAGAUUAUUUAUUCACACGGCAUGAUCUCGAUCAUGGUCAGAUUGUUGUUUUCGGACGAUCACUGGGUGGAGCAGUUGCCAUUGAUGUGGCAGCUGAUCCCAAUUACAGCCGAAAGGUGAUGUGUGCCAUAGUUGAGAAUACGUUUACGAGUAUUCCUGAUAUGGCUGUUGAACUAGUCCAUCCUUCUGUGAGAUAUAUACCCAAUCUAUUUUAUAAAAAUAAGUUUCAUUCCUUAACAAAAAUUCGCAAAUGCACCUCACCUUGCCUAUUUCUAUCUGGUCUAGCUGAUAAUUUGGUACCACCGCGUAUGAUGCGAGCAUUAUAUACACAGUGUGCCAGUGAGAAGAAACGAAUUUUAGAAUUUAUCGGAGGUUCACACAACGAUACUUGGGUAGUGGAGGGAUAUUACCAAGGAAUUAAAGAAUUUCUGAAUGAGUGUCAAAAUGUUACAUUGCCUCUUCAAAAACCACCCGAAAAGAGUAAUGUAUGGAAUGAAAUACAAAUUGUAUAGUAAUUAUAAAGUACUUCGUUAAUGGUACUAAACAAAACCAACACACGUUAAAUAUUUAUUUAAGAUACCAACUUAUUAUUAUUUUUUUUUUAAUAUUUAAAUAAUUAAAAUAAAAUAAUAAAAUAUCGUUUGCAAUAAACUUCUUCUAGUUGAGAACAUUUAGGUGUAUGUAAAACAUAAUUCUGAGUGCAUUAUAAUUUUCUAGAUUUUCAAUUUUAUUAAAUUCUUUGAAUGUAUUUGAAUUAAAAAAAAAAAAACAAAACAAAAAAGUUUAAAAUCAUAAUUAAAUACAAAA